UAAAUGCUUUUCAAUCUGCCAGUGAAUCAUUGUGCUAAGAAUAGGAAAAUACCCCUAUUCUUCUGCCCUCUCUUGGCUCCAUGUCUACAUUUUCCUCUUACUUAUGGAAUAGUUCGCCAAAAAACAAUAGUCAGCAUUAACUUGUGCAUGUUAAGAUGAUGGGAAGAGGUAUUUUAUUUUUCUUCUCUGUCCACUAUGCAUCUACCUUUGUAUUAUGUUUGGUGGAUUAAAACAACUCUAUUUACCCUGGCCAUUGAACCUGGGACUUGUGUUUUCAGGACCCACCCUAUUCCCAGGACUGUAAUUUGUAUAAUAAUAAUAAUAAUAAUAAUAAUAAUAAUAAUAAUAAUAUGCAUCUUGAUUGAUAUUUAUCUUUGAAUACAAUAUCUGUUUUAUUUCUUUUCUCUUAGUUCUGCUUUUCAUGUCUUUAUGUGUUUUGUAUUUUUAAUAAUAUACCAUUGGAGCAUGCCUAUUUCAGAAUUUCACAGUGCCAUCGUAUUCAAGUCUACUCAGAAGUAAAAACAAACAACCAGAACUUCCAGAAAAGCAAAGUAUAGGGUUACAGUCUUAAUUUUUACAAGCAGAAUACAUCACAACCAUUUUCUGGGUCAGUUUGAGAGUAUGUGUGGAAUCUGACUUCUUCAGGAGAAGAAUGCUAUCUGAGAUACAAUGCCGUUUUAGCAUAUAUAAAAUCAUGAGCUGCUCAUGAUUAGAAUAGCUUAUUUGCUGAGUCCCCUCCUCCUUUGGUAUGUAGAACUGCUUUCUAUGGCCACAUCACCAAAGCCUCUCCAGCACACAAUUCUUGGAAAAGGCAAGUUCCAGUUUAUUUUGCAUUUUAUGGAGAUGAGCCCCAGAAGCGAAAGACUGGUGGCUGCUCAAUUAAUAUCCAAAUGCUAUUGCUUUUUUACAAUUAGUGUUUCACAUUCCAGAAGCUCUCUUGACUGCACUUGCUCUCCAAGACACCCCUGCACUGAAGAUCUUAUCUGAAAAUAUUCAAAAAGGCUGGAAAUUUCUGCACUGCAGCUACUUUCUGAAAUCAUUGAUUCCUGAGUCACAUUAUCUUUAAACCUAAAUAAGUUAUUGUUAUUCCACAUUUGAAAAUCCAUCCUCUUGCUUCCUUUUAUCCUGUCUGCUAACGAUUCCAGUAGGGAUGGGCUUAGAUGUAGUGAUCUUUUAUAUCGAUCCCAGAUCUUUAGCAAAGCUUUUUAUUACUCUAAAGUGAUUUAUGUAGUGGGAUGCCCAUAAUAUUUUGCUCCAGUUUUGAAAUAUCUGAACCUUAUUCUAAUGUCUGAUCUGCUAACCAGUUAAUACAAUUUGUAAUAUACAACAAAGUUAAGUUUGGAAUCUGAAGCGUCUUUCCUUAUCAUCAUCCUUUAUUCUUUUUUGCUUUUAAUCUUGCUUUUUUUGGUUAUUCCAAAUGAAUUUCAAUGAACGUUGUUGCCAAGUGUUCAGCUGCUGUGGUGAUGAUGCAGGAAGUUGUACAGCUCAUGACAGCUGCAAUCCUAUAUGAUAGUCAUCUUCAAAUAUCUCAAGGGCUGUCAUUUGGAAGGUGGAGCAAGCUUCUUUUCUUCUGCUCUGGAGGGUAGGACAUGAACCAAUGGCUUCAUGUUACAAGAAAGGAGAUUCCAACUAAAGAUAUGGAAGAACUUUCUGACAGAGCUGUUCGACAGUGAAAUGGUCUCCCUCAGGGGGGUUGUGGACACUCCUUUCUUGGAGGUUUCAAAGCAGAGGUUGGAUGGCCAUUUGUCAUGGAUGCUUUAGCUGAGAUUCCUGCAUUGCAGGGAAUUGGAUGAGAUGACCCUUGGGGUCCCUUCCAACUCUAUGAUUCUGUGAUUCCUUUUGUUGGCCCUAAAUCCCCCAACGUUCAUUUGUAGCAAGUUUCAUUUAGGUGGACAGAUCUGCAUGAUUGCUUGUUCUCAUGACGUGAUAAUUGGCUUAGUGUUAUGUGCAAACCAGGCAAAUGUGAGUCAGGGAGGAGUCUUUGACUAUCCAAACUAUGCAGAGAACAAGAGCUCUAGAAUACUGCAGUAAGAUGUAUUGGGUAAUGCAGUAAAGUGUCAGUUUAACUGAGUAGUUAGAAAUUCGACAUUUGGAUGAAUUGCUUAGAAUAACAGGCAAAUUUGCAUUGCUCGCUACUAAUACCUUGUUUGUUUUCUUUGAAGUGGGCUCCUCAAGAAGAGAAGGAGUACCUGCUCAUGUUAAUCUUUCUGCAUCUUCAAUGCUAAUGAUCGCAAUGCAGUAUACAUCCAACCCUGUGUACCAUUGCCAGUUACUGGAAUGCCUUAUGAAGUACAAACAAGAAGUAUGGAAAGACUUGCUCUAUGUAAUAGCGUAUGGUCCUUCUCAAGUAAAACCACCGGCUGUACAAAUGCUUUUCCACUACUGGCCCAACUUAAAACCACCUGGGGCAAUAAGCGAAUACCGAGGACUGCAGUAUACAGCAUGGAAUCCCAUACACUGUCAGCACAUUGAAUGCCAUAAUGCUAUUAACAAGCCAGCAGUGAAGAUGUGCAUAGAUCCUUCCUUGUCUGUGGCUUUGGGUGAUAAACCACCCCCUCUCUACCUUUGUGAAGAAUGCAGCCAGAGGAUUGCAGGGGAUCACAGUGAAUGGUUGAUUGAUGUUCUUUUACCACAAGCCGAAAUUUCUGCUAUAUGUCAAAAGAAGAACUGUAGCUCGCAUGUUAGGAGGGCUGUUGUCACGUGUUUCUCUGCCGGCUGCUGUGGUCGCCAUGGGAACAGGCCAGUGCGCUACUGCAAACGAUGCCACUCCAACCACCACAGCAGUGAAGUCGGGGCAACGGCCGAGACGCAUCUCUACCAGACAUCGCCGCCUCCUAUCAACACUCGGGAGUGUGGGGCUGAGGAGCUAGUUUGUACUGUGGAAGCUGUUAUCAGCUUGCUGAAGGAGGCUGAACUCCAUGCGGAGCAACGAGAGUAUGAGCUCAAUCGCAGGAGACAGCUGGGCUUAUCCUCUUCACAUCAUUCUUUGGACAACACAGACUUUGAUAACAAAGAUGAUGACAAGAAUGACCAGCGCCUUCUGAGCCAGUUUGGAAUUUGGUUUUUGGUAAGCCUUUGCACCCCGAGCGAGAACACCCCCACAGAGAGCUUGGCUCGGCUUGUGAGCAUGGUCUUCCAGUGGUUCCACUCCACGGCCUACAUGAUGGAUGACGAAGUUGGCAGCCUGGUUGAGAAACUCAAGCCCCAGUUUGUCACCAAAUGGCUGAAGACGGUGUGCGAUGUCCGGUUUGAUGUCAUGGUGAUGUGCCUCCUUCCUAAACCGAUGGAGUUUGCACGGGUGGGUGGAUACUGGGACAAGUCCUGCAGCACGGUGACGCAGUUGAAGGAAGGUCUGAACCGGAUCCUGUGCUUAAUUCCGUACAAUGUAAUCAACCAACCUGUGUGGGAUUGCAUUAUGCCAGAAUGGCUGGAAGCCAUCAGGACUGAGGUGCCAGACAAUCAGCUGAAGGAGUUCAGGGAAGUAUUAAGCAAAAUGUUUGAUAUUGAGCUGUGCCCGCUCCCUUUUUCCAUGGAGGAGAUGUUUGGCUUCAUAAGCUGUCGGUUUACGGGAUAUCCUUCUUCUGUACAAGAGCAGGCUUUACUCUGGCUUCAUGUGUUAUCUGAAUUAGACAUUGUGGUCCCUCUUCAGCUACUGAUCAGUAUGUUUUCUGAUGGGGUUAAUUCUGUAAAAGAGCUGGCAAAUCAGAGGAAAUCAAGAGUAACGGAACUAACUGGGAACCUUGCAGCUCGAAGGGUGAGCAUUGCAUCUGAUCCAGGGCACAGAGUUCAGCAUAAUACACUGAGCCCGUUCCCAAGCCCAUUUCAGAGUCCAUUUCGCAGCCCCAUGCGAAGCCCCUUCCGUAGUCCUUUCAAGAACUUUGGGCACGCAGGAGGAGGAGGAGGCGGAGGAGGAGGAGGAGGGAGGGCUAUUGACUUCGACUGCGACGAUGAAGAAAUGAAUCUGAAUUGUUUCAUCCUGAUGUUCGACCUCAUCUUAAAGCAGAUGGAAUUGCAAGAUGACGGCAUUACCCUGGGUUUAGAGAACAGCAUAUCCAAAGACAUAAUUUCUAUCAUCAACAAUGUGUUCCAAGCCCCCUGGGGUGGCUCUCAUACCUGUCAAAAGGACGAGAAGGCCAUUGAAUGCAACCUGUGUCAGUCCAGUAUCUUGUGCUAUCAGCUGGCUUGUGAGCUGCUGGAGAGACUAGCCCCCAAAGAAGAAAUCCGGCUAGUGGAACCUACAGAUAAUCUGGAGGACAGUCUUCUGGAUUCUAGACCUGAGUUCAUGAUAGGAAUUGAAGGGGAGGCAGAGAAAAAAUCAGCCUCAAAGCAUGGAGAAAACCCAGGAAAUCACACAGAGACAACGGAAAACACAGCAGCCAUCAAAAAUGACACUGAGAGGAAAUUCUGUUACCAGCAGCUUCCAGUGACACUGAAACUUAUCUAUACAAUAUUGCAGGAAAUGGCACGGUUUGAAGAGCCAGAUAUUAUAUUUAACAUGCUCAACUGCUUGAAGAUUCUCUGCCUUCAUGGAGAGUGUUUAUACAUUGCAAGGAAGGACUACCCACAGUUCCUAGCCUACGUUCAGGAUCAUAUGCUGAUUGCCAGCUUAUGGAGAGUUGUCAAAUCGGAAUUCUCCCAGCUUUCUUCACUGGCGGUGCCCCUCCUUCUUCAUGCUCUGUCUCUCCCACAUGGAGCUGAUAUUUUCUGGACCAUCAUCAAUAGCAACUUCAACAGCAAAGACUGGAAGAUAAGGUUUGAAGCAGUGGAGAAAGUAGCUGUGUUAUGUCGGUUCCUGGAUAUUCACUCCGUGACCAAAAACCACUUGCUGAAGUAUUCCUUAGCACAUGCCUUUUGCUGCUUCCUGACUGCUGUUGAGGAUGUCAACCCAGCUGUGGCUACCAGAGCAGGCCUGUUGCUAGAUACCAUAAAGAGGCCAGCUCUGCAGGGCCUUUGCCUUUGCCUUGAUUUCCAGUUUGAUACUGUCGUCAAGGACAGGCCCACCAUCCUUAGCAAACUUUUGCUGCUUCAUUUCCUCAAGCAAGACAUUCCGGCAUUGAGCUGGGAAUUCUUUGUGAAUAGGUUUGAAACCCUCUCUCUCGAGGCACAGCUUCACCUGGAUUGCAACAAGGAAUUCCCAUUCCCAACAACGAUUACGGCUGUCCGGACGAAUGUUGCCAACUUAAGCGACACAGCGAUGUGGAAAAUCAAGAGAGCUCGGUUUGCCCGGAAUCGACAGAAGAGUGUGCGCUCUUUGAGAGACAGCGUGAAGGGCCCGCUGGAAUCGAAGAGGGCACUUUCUCUCCCAGAAACCCUAACAAGCAAAAUCCCUAAUAGGCUGAUGAGGCAUGAGCAAUCUGCUCCAGCACUUGGUGGGACACCAGAACAAACUCAAGGGCAGCCUUCUCCAGAGAACAACAACACCAUAAAGGACCUUCUACCAGAGGAUGCCGGCAUUGACCAUCAGACUGUCCACCAGCUCAUCACAGUGUUGAUGAAGUUCAUGGCCAAAGACGAGAGCAGUGCAGAGUCGGACAUCAGCAGCGCUAAAGCCUUCAACACGGUCAAGCGCCACCUGUAUGUCUUAAUGGGCUAUGAUCAGCAGGAAGGGUGCUUCAUGAUCGCUCCUCAAAAAAUGCGCAUUUCAACAUGCUUCAAUGCUUUUAUUGCGGGGAUUGCUCAAGUGAUGGACUAUAAUAUUAACCUGGGGAAACACCUCCUCCCUUUAGUGGCUCAGGUGUUGAAGUACUGCUCAUGCCCUCAGCUCAGACAUUACUUCCAGCAACCGCCUCGCUGCUCCCUCUGGUCCCUGAAGCCCCACAUUCGGCAGAUGUGGCUGAAGGCGCUGCUUGUCAUCCUGUAUAAGUAUCCUUACAGAGAUUGUGACAUCAGCAAAAUCAUGUUGCAUCUCAUUCAUAUAACCGUCAACACUCUAAAUGCACAGUACCACAGCUGCAAGCCUCACGCCUCAGCAGGCCCUAUGUACAGCGACAACAGCAACAUAAGCCGCUACAGUGAGAAGGAAAAAGCGGAGGAAGACAGCGUCUUUGAUGAGUCUGACAUUCAUGAUACACCCACUGGAAACGGCAAUAAAGAGUCUCAAACUUUCUUUGCGAGGCUGAAAAGAAUUGGGGGCAGCAAAAUGGUGAAAUACCAGCCAGUUGAGAUGAAUGCUCAGAGAAGUGAAAUAGAACUUGCUGAAUAUAGAGAAACAGGAGUAUUGCAAGACAACAUUCUGCGCUGUGUGAGAGAAGAAAGCAUUCAGAAGAAGAAACUGCGCUCACUAAAACAAAAAUCGCUUGACAUAGGAAAUGCAGACUCCCUCUUGUUUACAUUGGACGAACACCGCCGGAAGUCGUGCAUAGACCACUGCGACUUAGAGAAGCCUCCCGCCACUUCUGCAGCACUGAGGCAGAACGAGUACGGGCAGCCGCGGCAAAAUUCCUCCACCAAGACAGAAGAUGGAGACGGAGGGGAGAAGGAGAACCCGCCUGCUGUCCCAGAAAGAACCCUAGCAAGGCGGAGGCCUAUCAUACCAGAAGUCAGGUUAAACUGCAUGGAGCCAUACGAAGUGAAAGUGGAUUCCCCAGCCAAAUGCUCUCCUCCAAAGGAGGACUUGGACCUUAUAGACCUCUCCUCUGAUUCAACUUCAGGACCUGAAAAGCAGUCGGUGGUCUCCAAUUCAGACAGCGACUCGUUGGUCUUUGAACCGCUCCCUCCUCUCAGGAUAGUGGAAAGCGACGAGGAAGAUGGUGACUUCCCAAGCCAGCGGAAUGACAGCAUCUCCGGCAAGAUGGCUCCCUCAUCUCCAUCAAGUCCCACCAGCCUCUCUGUGCUCAGCCUCAGCGCGACCCCUCUUGUGCAGUUCAGUGUUGAAGAUUGCUCCAAAGAUGUGCUCCCUUCUGUAUCAAGCCAUAUCGUGUCAUUCGCAGAAGAGGAAGCCACCUCUGUUCCUCUGGAAGGUCAGAAAGAUGUUGAACAGCUAGCUAAGCCAGAAGAAGUCCACGAGGCACCCCCCGGCAGCCCCCUCACGCUGAAGCAGAAACGAGAUAUGCUGCAGAAGUCCUUUGCCCUUCCAGAGAUGUCCAUUGACGAUAACUUUGAUUUAUGCAUAGAGGAGAUUAAGCCGAUUGGGCCCAGUUCAAGUGGCAAAAGCGUCUUCAUCAAGGCUCCUGAGGACUCUGAGGUCCAAACGGAAAGUGAUAAGCCAGACACCGGUGCAGAAUCUGAUACGGAGCAAAGCACAGAACAAAAGCAGGAGGAGGAAGCCGAAGAGUCGGAAUUUAAGAUCCAGAUUGUUCCAAGGCAGAGGAAGCAGAGGAAGAUUGCAGUGAGCGCCAUCCAGAGAGAGUACCUUGACAUUACCUUCAACAUCUUAGACAAGCUGGGGGAGCAGAAAGAGUCAGAUGCUUCAGCUAAAGUCCUUUCAACCCUCGAAAUGCCAAGGGAGUCAGCCUCUGCACCGACACUUGAAGCAGGUGUACCAGAGAUGAGUAGCCAUUCUUCCAUGUCAACUCAGUUCCGACAAAUGAAGAGGGGAUCUCUGGGAGCUCUCACUAUGAACCAGCUAAUGAAGAGGCAGCUGGAACACCAGUCUAGUGCCCCUCAUAAUAUCAGCACAUGGGACACUGAACAGAUACAGCAUGGGAAGAGGCCGUGCAAUGUCUCAGUUUGCCUAAACCCUGACCUGGAGGGACCACCACUAAGAAUAAGAGGUGCCACAAAAUCUAGCUUGCUGUCAGCACCCAGUAUAGUCAGUAUGUUUGUACCAGCACCCGAAGAUUUUAUUGAUGACCAGCCGACCAUGAUGACUGACAAGUGCCAUGAUUGUGGAGCCAUCUUGGAAGAGUAUGAUGAAGAAACAUUAGGUCUGGCCAUUGUGGUUCUCUCCACGUUUAUUCACCUCAGCCCAGAUCUGGCUGCUCCUUUGUUGCUGGAUAUCAUGCAGUCUGUAGGAAGGUUGGCUUCAAGCACCAAUUUUUCUAAUCAAGCAGAAAGCAUGAUGAUCCCAGGGAAUGCUGCAGGCGUGGCCAAGCAAUUUCUCCGCUGUAUUUUCCACCAACUUGCUCCCAAUGGCAUACUUCCCCAGCUGUUCCAGAGCAACAUCAAAGAUGGAAGUUUUCUACGGACCUUGGCUACAUCUCUCAUGGAUUUCAGUGAACUGAGUUCCAUAGCUGCUUUAAGCCAGCUCCUGGAGGGCUUAAACACCAAGAAGAAUUUGCCAGCAGGGGGCGGGAUGCUACGCUGCUUGGAGAACAUUGCUACGUUUAUGGAAGCUUUGCCGAUGGAUUCCCCCAGCAACCUCUGGACCACGAUCAGCAACCAGUUCCAGACGUUCUUUACAAAACUGCCCUGCGUUUUGCCACUUAAGUGUUCUUUAGAUUCUAGUCUAAGAAUAAUGAUCUGCUUGCUGAAGAUACCCACCAGCAGUGCUGCCAGAAGUCUGCUGGAGCCAUUUUCAAAAUUGCUGAGUUUCGUCAUUCAGAACGCCGUCUUCACCCUAGCAUAUUUGGUAGAGCUGUGCGGUUUGUGUCACAGAGCUUUCACAAAGGAAAGGGAUAAGUUCUACUUAUCCCGCAGUGUCAUCUUAGAGUUGCUGCAAGCUCUGAAGUUAAAGUCUCCCUUGCCAGAUACGAACCUUCUGCUUUUGGUCCAGUUUGUUUGUGCAGAUGCUGGAACAAAACUAGCUGAAUCAUUGAUCUUACACAAGCAAAUGAUCGCUUCCCUCCCUGGAUGUGGAACAGCCGCCAUGGAAUGCAUGAGACAGUACAUUGGUGAAGUUUUGGAUUUUAUUGCCGAUAUGCAUACGCUAACUAAAUUAAAGAGUCACAUGAAGACAUGUUCCCAGCCAUUGCAUGAGGACACUUUUGGUGGGCAUCUGAAGGUCGGUUUAGCCCAGAUUGCUGCGAUGGAGAUCUCGCGUGGCAAUCACAGGGACAACAAGGCUGUAGUUCGUUACCUCCCUUGGCUAUACCAUCCUCCAUCUGCAAUGCAACAGGGGCCCAAAGAAUUCAUUGAAUGCGUGACUCAUAUUCGUUUGCUCUCGUGGCUCCUGCUGGGGUCACUGACACAUAAUGUCAUCUGUCCAAAUUCCCCUUCGACAUGUAUGCCCAUUCCACUGGACGCUGGCUCUCAUGUCGCUGACCACCUCAUUGUGAUCCUGAUUGGGUUUCCAGAGCAGUCCAAGACUUCCGUCCUGCACAUGUGCUCCCUCUUCCAUGCCUUUAUAUUUGCUCAGCUGUGGACGGUGUAUUGCGAACAAGUGGCGGUUGCACCCACGGUGCAGAACCAGAACGAAUUCAGCUUCACCGCCAUCCUGACCGCCCUGGAGUUCUGGAGCCGAGUCACCCCGAGCAUCCUGCAGCUGAUGGCACAUAACAAGGUGAUGGUAGAGAUGGUAUGUCUCCAUGUGAUCAGCUUGAUGGAGGCUUUGCAGGAAUGCAAUUCCACUAUUUUUGUCAAGCUGAUCCCGAUGUGGCUGCCAAUGAUUCAGUCCAAUUUAAAGCAUUUGUCUGCUGGGCUGCAGCUUCGCCUGCAAGCGAUCCAGAGCAACGUGAACCAUCAUAGCCUUAGGAUGCUGCAGGGAUCGGGCCAGAUGAACACCAACUUCACCGUCCUCCGAAAGUGGCUGCAGUGCACCCAGUUUAAGAUGGCUCAAGUGGAAAUCCAGUCGUCUGAAGCAGCCUCUCAGUUUUAUCCGUUAUGAACCGGGCAGAACCUUCCAGAACCUUCUGCUUAGACUAGCAAUAAUAGGGCUAAAAGCUAUAAGACUAAAGGCCAUCCUUAAAAACAGUACUGUAGCUACACUUUUUUUUUUCUUCGUCUGGUAGGUGUAUACAAAUAGCAGAAGUUGGCGGUCUGGCUGCAUCCACUCCUAACCACAAAUAUGUACUUGCUCAUGUGGGUAACAGUCCAAUGUCCUCUUCAUAAUGAGGGUCCACCAAAUGAGGGAGGCAGUGUGCCUCUGAAUGCCAGUUACUGGAAACCACAGCGGGGGCGGGGGCUGCGGCACUUGGUUCCUGCUUCCAGGCUUCCCAUGAACAUCCGGUUCUCUGCUGUGAGAACAGGAUGUUGGAACAGAUGAGCCAUCGGCCUGAUCCAGCAGGCUCUUCUUAUGUUUGCCUGAGGCCUGCGCGUAGCAAGAUGUUAAACUGUGUGUGCUUCAAAAUCCUACCUUCUUCCCUACCCCCACCCGACCCUAAGAAAUUACUCUUCCCUCUGCUUGUUACUUUUAAUAUCUUUCAAUCCCACCGUUGUUUGUGCUCACCGAUACCAAGGAGUGCUCUGUGCUGCUAUUUUAAAACAAGCAGGGUUUUUAGAAACCUCCUCAGUGCUUUUCUUGCUGCUGCUGCUGCUGCUGUCGUCUUGAAACUCAAAACUCAGUAAUGCAAUAAACCUUGUCACUUUAAGAUAGUGACCCUAUAUAAUGAGGAUUUUUGCAGGUGUUCUUUCUUUUCUCUUUUCCAAAUGGCGGUGACCACUUCCUUGGGCCUUGGCCCAUGAUCUGCGGGUCCAGGAGUGCCCCUUAUAGAGUAACCCUAUGCAUGUUAGGCCUAUUGAAUUCCAUGGGGCUUAGUCCCAGGGAAGUGUGUCGAGAGCUGCCACUUUACAGAGAAGGUGGAGAAGGGGUUGUUGAGAGAAUCAGCGAUGGAGGAUCCACCACUUCCUAAGACUUGCCAGGAUUGAACCUAGGUCUCCUCCUUCAUCGGGGAAAUGGGAGGAUUUAGAAUCAUGCAGAUCCAAGGCCUCCCCCAACCUGCCCCUGCAACACAGCCUUCCCAGGCUUUUCCAGCACCAAAGGAGCAAUGGAGGAGGCCUCUGGAAGUGGACCUCCCUCUCCGCUGGCGAGGGUGGGGAAAGCUGCAUCAUCCAAUGACCCCUUAGCCAUCCUUCUCUGGGAUUGCUCCUUUGGCAUCCCAGGAGAGAGAAAACCUUCCACAUUAACCACUCCAAGGGAGGGUAGGUGAGAAGGCAGUUGAAAACGUAAGGGUUCUAGAGUCUGUUCUGGCACUUUGCUUUGGGGGAUCGGAGAAACCUGAAGCCAGUCGUGCUUGUAGAGAGCAUUCUUACAAAAGUGCACUUAGAAAUUAGGUGGCUAAACAGUUAGUUGUCUUUUUCAUUUUAAGUAAAUUUAAGUGCUUUAACAUUGUUUCACCAUUAGUACUUCCCUGCAGUCCUCAAGCUACUCAGCACCCCUCUGUAUACUACCUGUACAGUAAUCCUGUAUUUUAUUCCUUCUUAAAUACUUGUAUACUGUAAGAUUUAAAACUAGUCCCAUUCCCGCGGUCACUAGGGAGAACGCAAACUUCCUAGCUUCCCCUGGGAAAAAGGUUUGGGAUUGUAGAUUUGCAUAUAGUACAUAGAAAUUAUAGAGUCACUGCAUAGAAAGCGAUGUUAAAUAUUUUUUAAAAGCAAAUUUUAAUAGCAUUGAGACAGCCUGAUCUGCUGAAAUGUAUAAAAAAGCCCAUUGUUGCUUUGCAUUGGGCUUUGAAUCAGAGCCUAACAACAGAAGAAGACCUUGUAAUUCAAAUAUAACCUUUUCUGUGUAUACAUAGCCGAGAUAUACUGUAUUUAUUGCUGUAAUCUGCUGAACAAAAGAACACAAUUUUAAGCUUUAUAUUAAAAUGCUAUAAAGUGAACAACUCUUUAAUACUACUCUUAAUAAUAUUUGUUAUUAUUUUCCUUCAA